AUGCGUCGAUACCGUCCCGCCACGACGGGGUACGAACGCCUGGCCCAGGCAGACCUCAGCGACGAUUCCGACAACGACCUACUUGCCGAAUCGACUGCCUCUCUCCAGCCCUUAUCCGCACCACGACAUGCUCCCCUAUCACAGCCUCGCCAUCACUCAAGUGUCACCAGCCCCAAGCUUGAUCCCUCGAGACCCAAGUUUCGCCGCCGUCUGGGGAGCAAUGGCGGUGUUGACAUCAAAGCCAUCAAUGCCCGACUCGAACGCUGGGCCGAAGAGAUUGCGGCAAAAUUCAAGCGCAAGGGCAGGCACAGUUUGGGGGAAGAGGAACGGCUGGAAAUUCACCACUCCGUCUUCCAACCUCCGGAGGGCGUACGACCCAUAUCUGCAGAGGCACUGGCCGAGCCACAAGUCACUGCCAUGACCAAGGCUGAGUUUGAUGCCGUCAUCGAAAGCGUACGGCAAGCGAUUCGACAGGAAGUCCACCCCAGUAUGAUCUCACAAGGCAGCUCUGGCAGCUACUUUGCUCGCGACCCUGAUGGCAAGAUUGUUGGGGUGUUCAAACCAAAGGAUGAAGAGCCAUACGCCGCGGGAAAUCCCAAAUGGAACAAAUGGAUACAUCGGAAUUUGUUUCCCUGCUUCUUCGGACGAGCCUGCCUCAUUCCCAACCUCUCCUACGUUAGUGAAGCCGCGGCCUAUGUGCUCGAUUAUCAACUGCGGACGCAUCUAGUUCCCUACACAGACGUCGUCUGGCUCUCAUCCAAAUCUUUCCACUAUCCCUAUUGGGACCGACGGAGCUUUCAGAAGAAGAAGAAGCCUCUCCCUGCCAAGCCCGGCAGUUUCCAGGUCUUUCUCAAGGGGUUCAAGGAUGCUAACGUCUUCCUACGGGAGAAUCCCUGGCCGGAUCAAUACUGGGCAGGUUUCCGAUCCACCGAUGCCAAUCGACAAAGGAGAAAGCGCUGGACAGAAAGUUGUCGGCCUUCUUCCUCCGCGGCAGCUGACGAUGCGGCCUCCAGUGAUGAGGAUGAGGAGGAACGCAUCGGCGGUCGGAGCGAUACGCCUCCGGGGACCAACAAGUUCGUCUGGACGGAACAGUUGAAGCAGUCUUUCCGAGAAGAGCUGGAGAAGCUCGUAAUUCUGGAUUAUAUCAUGCGGAAUACCGACCGUGGCCUCGACAACUGGAUGGUCAAGGUUGACUGGGAAACAAACACAGUCUCGUUGGCGUCGGAUCCUAUCCAGAUCAACAUGGAACCCGUCACGGAAGAAGACGAAGAAGGCGUCAAUGUUCGACCAAUCGAUGCUUCAGAGAUGCCACCUCAGCCUACCCGGGCCUCGUACCCUUACAAACGCCAGAAGCCCAUGAAGGCAUCCUCGCCGCGCAGCAAGACUGAGCCAAACAUCGCCAUUGGCGCCAUUGACAACUCGCUCUCAUGGCCAUGGAAACAUCCCGAUGCGUGGCGCAGUUUCCCAUUUGGCUGGCUCUUUCUUCCGGUUGAUCUCAUUGGCCGGCCCUUCUCACAAAAGACUCGGGAUCACUUCUUGCCUCUACUGACAUCCACAGCAUGGUGGAGUGAGACGCAAAUGGCGCUUAAGAGGGUGUUCCAGAUGGACGAAGACUUCAAGGAGCGCAUGUUUGCCAAGCAGAUUGCGGUCAUGAAGGGCCAAGCCUGGAAUGUCGUGGAGGCGCUCAAGACCCCCGAUCAUGGCCCGCUGGAGCUGACCCGGCGGGCCAAGGUUUGUGUAUGGGAUGAUUACGUCGAUGUGCCUGUUGCCGUGCCCAUGAGGAUGACUUCCUCGGAGAUGCGUCGUAGCACGGCCCAGCGGCAAUCAUUGGAUGAGGCAGAUAUCACGGGCUUCGCCCCGACCAGUCGGGUGCCCGUUGACGAUCUCCUUGGCUUUGCCUCAGCACCGGCAGAGAUGCCCCGAUCCGGUAGGUUCGAGACGGCGAGUCCGCCCGAGGAUCCUUUCAUGGUCCCCGAUGAAUCGUCCACAAACAGUUCCGGAGCUUCUGCCCCAACUGGGACAACGACGGAAGCCCAGUCUCAAUCCAGUAGAGGCUACCAAGGCCCGUCCCGCGCGCUCAACAUAUACGAGCCGGAGCGCCAUCAGGGCCAGAACCAAAAGCAUCAGCGACGAUACUCGUAUGCCACCCCUGCCACGCGACAGCACAGCAAUAGCAUAGCGCAGCAGCUUUACGGGGACAUUUCCUACGGCGCCGACGAUGAUGACCUCGAAGGGGAUCUCGGCUAUGCCGCCGCGGAAGGACAGAUGGGACAUCAUCGAAAGGUCAUUGUGGAGCGCCUCGAAGCCGUGAAAAGCAGGAACCCUGUCUUCACAUGGUGUUAA